ACACACACACAAACAUACUUCAUCAAUCAAUCAUUCAUUCACCCUCGCUAGCUCAUAUAUACACAUUCUAUGGCCACUUUGUUGCGUAGCUUGGAAAUCACAGUAUUAUCCGCAGAAAACCUACGAAAAGAUGGAAAGUCGAUCAAGAAGAACACGUUCGCGGUAGUAAAAAUCGAUCCUUUCAACUGUCACUCAACAAAGAUUGACACAGAAGGAGGAAGUUAUCCUUCGUGGAACGAUAAGUUGCUGGUGGAGUUGCCAAUGCAUGAGCGUUUUGUAACGCUGGAGGUGCACAAAAAGAGUAGUAACAACAACAGCAGGAUCAUAGGGACGGCUAGGAUGCCGGUUUCGGAUAUUUUUGGGGAGUACUAUACACCGUUGGAUUAUUUACAUUUUUUGAGUUAUAGAUUAAGGGACAAGAAGGGGGAGAGAAAUGGUAUUAUCAAUGUUUCAGUGAGAGCUAAAGCGCCGGAGUAUGACCAUGCGUGUUCAAAAACGACGUCGUUGUCGUUGGGACCGAGGCUGGGGUUGUCCAUCGGAGGCUAUACUAAUCAUGGUGCAGUGACUGGUUUUCCUGUUAGGUGUGAUUAUCGUGCUUAAUUAGUAAUUAAUCUAUUUAAUUUCGCAGUUUGGUAUCUUGUCUAAUGGAGUAGUAGUAAAGAUAUGAUCAA